AUGGCUGGCCAUAUCGGUCUUCCCACACCAGGAACACCGCCCGCCGACGACUUCAACCAACGAUCACCAAUCUUUCGACCAGAUCACAAAUCAGCCCGACUCUCGACGCCUGUAUCGCCAGCGUUUGGCACCUUCAACCUGAAUGAGAGUUGCUCAUCACAAGACGAUCAUGUACUUUAUCCAGAUUAUCAUAAAGCUUCACCAAACGAAAAGCCACUGUUCGGCGACUCGAGUCGACGCUCGCCUUCUCCAACUUUGCUGCGCAACCAGCAACUAGGGCCAUCAAACUCAGUGCAUUUCGAAAGCAAACAGUCUGCAUUUGACCCACGUGCAUAUCUUCGAUCGUUACCACCAGUUGUGGGCAUAGACAAGAUAUACGACCAUGGCCCUGUGGAUUAUGCUCGUUACAUAGUUCAUCAGAACGCUGACCAUCGAGCAAAGCGUAGAGAGAGAGCGCAGCUGGAGAAAGAACUUCCUCGUCCGACUAUCUCAAUUGCCAUUUCGCGCGACUCGCACACUUUGCAACAACUCGACAUGCUCAAUAAAGCGCCACGGAUUAAGAAAGGCAAGCCCUACAGCUGCCCAAGUAUGACUGGCCCCAUUAUUGGGAUGCCUCCUGGCAGUCCUGAUGGGCCGCCACUUGAUGACGCAUGUAAGGUGCGUGAGUCACCUGCGGUCGUCUCUCACAAGCGCGUUCGGGAACAAGUUGUCGAGGAGGCUGUGCAAAUGCCCUCACUGCCGAAGCGUCGACGCGGCCCGGCAGUAACCGCUGCAUCAGCUCCCAGCGUAGUGGCAAACACCCAGCCGCCUGCCAUCAAGCGUCGGCGACGGACCAGUUCUGUUGCGCCUAUGAGCCCUGGUGCAAGCGGCUCUCCAGGUCAAUCCGCCAAAUCGAAAUCUCACACUCGGGCCCAGGCUUCCAAGAAGGUUGACGAUGAUCUCAAAGAUACGGAGUGGGCCAAACUCGUUGACUACUGCCCAGACACUGCAUCUCUCAAUACCCCUGGUGCAAGGAAGCUUCGCGUGAGCUGGGGCACUUCGGACUCUCUGGAUCUGUCCAACGACCCCGAUGCACAGUAUAUGCACCCGCAGGAAAUUGAGCUCGCAGCUACGUUGAGGUUCCACUGCAACCAAUACCUCAUCAACAAACGCCGCAUCUUCAAGGCCAAAGUGAAGACAUUGCAAGAGGGCAAGGCCUUCAACAAAACUGCUUGCCAACAAUGCACAGCAAUGGAUGUCAACAAGGCAAGCAAACUUUGGGCCGCGUUCGAUGAAGUCGGCUGGUUCGAUGAGCACUGGUUCCGACAGUAUCUAUGA